UAUUAACGGUUUGUGGUUUUUGUAAACACAAGAAGGCAACAUACCAACAGAAACACACACAACAACUCGCUGUGACGUUUAAAAACUUUGUCACCAAUCGUUUUGCCAGCCACCGUAUAGCUCAACGUCAUAGCCGUUUAUUCCGCCAAGAGAGCGACGUCGUUCCUUCCGUCGAUUUUCCGUCAAGCUCUUCGCGGGAUGACAACAAACUAUAAGCUAACAGCUAACCUUAGCUAAGCUAACGUCAAGCACACUCGUUCACACUGUUAUUAUUAUUAUUAUUAUUAUACAUCCAUGGUUUAGCUCCAGUCGAGGCUUGCAAAGUGUCUGUCCCCCUCAGAGUGAAGUGGACACUCUCAUGGUGGUCUCAGUUCAAUGGGGAACUGCCUGUUUUCACAAGGUGCGGAUGACCUGUCGCUGCUGAACGAAUCCGAGGGGGGCAGUCUGCCUGGAGAGCCUCCGCCGCCCUACCAGGAGCGCACCCAGCCUUUGCCAGUGUACCAUCCCACCCCGGGGGAGAGUCGUCUGGCUCAUCAGCUGACCGAGGAGGAGCAGGUCCGCAUUGCCCAGCGCAUCGGUCUCAUCCAUCACCUGCCCAAAGGCAUCUUUGACCCGGGCUCCGACCCCUCUGACAAGAAAGUUAAAGAGUGUGUGAUUUGCAUGAUGGAUUUUGAGUACGGCGAUCCCAUUCGGUUCUUGCCCUGCCUUCACAUCUACCACAUGGAUUGUAUUGACCCCUGGCUGAUGCGCUCCUUCACCUGCCCCUCCUGCAUGGAGCCGGUAGAUGCAGCCCUGCUGUCCUCUUACGAAACCAACUGAGCAGCCCCAUGAUGGCUGCUCCUGCCUAAAAGUAACUGCAUCUUUUUAGCCCAAACUUGUCCUAGCUGUUCAAACAGGUAGCCAAGGUGAUGUGGCAUUAUGCAGAUGUUUGAAGGUUGUUUUAGGAUGCAAACAGGUGUGGAAAGCUGUGCCCUACAGGAAAUUGCUUAAGUCUGAUAUCCUCCUAUUUGAGCUUUGGAAACUCUUUGCCUUUUACAGUAGGACAAUGUGCCAAAUCAAGCUAGAUGAAGAAUAAGGAAAGCUGUACAUGUAGCAAAUUAUAUCUGCAAAGUAAUUUCACUUUUGAAUGACUGACAGAUUUUCAUGGUAAUUAGAUGCAUGUCACCAAUGUAAUUUACUUCCCCUUUUUAGACGUAAUGUGCAAUAAGUAAUAUCAAUGGAGAAAAAUGCAGAAAAUCUGUCUCGGUCGAGUGAAGUUACCAUGUUUCUCAAAUGAACAAAAACAAAGGCCUCUCUACUGAUAUGCAAUCACAAAACAGAAAAAUCAGUUUUUCUAAACAAAGUUCGAUACCAGUGUGCAAUACCAGUCACCCUCAUGGGAAUACUGGUAUAGUCUGUUCUUUUGUAUCUGUCUUUUUGUGUUGUAUUUUUCUUUUUCUUUUUUGUUUUUUUCCCCUAAAUGGACCUAAUAAUAAAAGCUAUCUAUCUAAAGUUGUGCUAUGAGGCCGUGAGAUAUAAUGCUGUCAUUUUAGAUAGAAGGUAUUUGAAGAUUUAAUCUAUUUUAUUUGACUAGGGUCUUGUCGGUACUGUAGUUUUUUACUUUAAAGCUGCUUUUAUAAAUGUGGAUCUAUUUUUUGCCUUUCCACAAUAUGGAUCCUCUCCUUUGCUUUGCCUUGAGUUUGUGCUCUCUUUUUUGUUUUAACAAUCAGUCCUCAGUGUCUUCUUUUCAUUGUUUUCCGUCAGUGACAUUUACAAAGACAAGAUAUGCUGUGCAAUCCCCCUUUAAGCACCUUGGGGUACCAUUUGGCACUCUGUAGCUUGCAUAUUUUGUUUUGUGUGUGUGUGUGUUUGUUUGUUUGUUUGUUUGUUUGAGCAGAUGGUGGGUAGAGAUUGGCAUGUUAAGGUAGCAUUGUACAUUAAACCUGUCAGAUGUAAACGUUGUAGUUCCCCCUCUUUUUCUAAUUUUAGGCUUGGGUGGUGUUGAUGGCUGUCUUACAACUAGUAAUGCAUUUCCAGUGCCCCAGGGUCUGGUCAAACAAACAUGCUUUUAUCUUUUGGUAUUAGGUGUGUACUUUCUGAUGCUGGCUGCAUAAUGUAUAGCACAAACAAGUAUAAUGCUGAAAGAGAAGCUACAGCAGUAGAAAGGAAUGUAUCCUGAAUGUAAAGCAUUAUUUUAGCUUGUUAAGACUUUUGGCAGUAUAUGUGACAAUAAGAGGACAUUUCUGAUUUACUCAGGCUGCUGUGCCUUUUAAGGUUGAGGUGAAGCCAAUUCCUGUGAAGUACAAUCAUUUCUGACAUGACUUGUUUUUCUUUUAGUUGUCCUCAAGGGGGAAAACUGAUACCAGCACUGUACUAAUUUGUGUCAUGAUGAAUGAGGCCAGAAACCAGAAAAAAAAAGAAAUUUGCUCUGGUUGCUGUUAACAGUUUGUUUUAAUUUAUGUGUGCCACCGGUGUGAACAUUUUAGGAAAAAUCAUGAAACCACAAUUAAAGUGGAUACCAAAUUUACCAAAAAAA